AGUGCGAAUAGAAUCUGUCCGCUGGAGAUGGGCUCUGGGAGUGCAUAGCUCCUAUGGGCGGACGCUAAAGCAUUUCCACUCAAACCACCGCCUCUCUCUCCAAAAUCCGUGUGAUAGGUUUAUGUUACAGCUGGAUUUAUGAAGAAUAGGAGAUAUUUUGGACUGCUGCAACUUUGAACGAGGAUGCAAGAAGUAUAGCGAAAACAUGGAAAGUCCCGUUUUUCCAGGGUGACCGAUGGUAUGGUCACCGAAUAACAGAUUUUUGUUUCACGAGAGGGAAACUUGAAACAAGGCUGCUUUUGGAGUUCCUCCACACCACCCCUCUCUCUCCGUAGAGUUUGAUUCAAAGUCGAAAGCCAAGAUGGCCGCCGAUUCUGUGCAGGGCGACGCCAGGGGCCAGCUGGUGUCUGAGCGGCUGGGCCUGGGCCACAACCUGGACCUGUCAGACACCAUGGUGCAGCAGAAGCUGGAUGAAAUCAAGGAGCAGAUCCGCCGCGAGAUCCGCAAGGAGCUCAAGAUCAAGGAAGGAGCGGAGAACCUGCGUAAGGUGACCACGGACAAGAAGAGCCUGGCCUACGUGGACAACAUGCUGAAGAAGUCCAACAAGAAGGUUGAGGAGCUGCACCAAGAGCUGCAGGAGCUCAACGCUCACAUUGUUGUCAAGGACCCAGAUGAACUCAUAGAAUGCCCUCUGACCCCUGACACGCCGGCCAGCGAGGCAAGGAUGUGUACCAGCAACAGUCGCCUGGCCGCCCUGAAGAAGCAGAACGACAUUGAGCUGAAGGUCAAACAGGGAGCGGAGAACAUGAUCCAGAUGUACUCCAACGGCUCCUCAAAGGAUCGGAAGUUACUAGCAACCGCUCAACAGAUGCUUCAGGACAGCAAGACAAAGAUUGAGUUCAUCAGGAUGCAGAUCCUCAAGGCCAGCCAGGCCAGCGAGUUGAGCUUCGAUAACAACGAUGUCAUGGCCAAGCCCAUCAUCAGCCCUCUGGACCUGCGGGUGGAGGAGCUGUGUCAUCACGCCAGGAUCGAGUCGGCCGUGGCAGAGGGCGCCAAGAACGUCAUGAAGCUCCUGGGCUCCGGCAAGGUGACGGAGAAGAGAGCACACUCCGAGGCCCAGGCCCGCUUUAACGAGUCCAGUCAGAAGCUGGACCUGCUCAAGUUCUCCCUGGAGCAGAGGUUGAGCGAGUUGCCCAAGAACCACCCUCGCAGCAGCAGCAUCGUGGAGGAGCUGUCCCUCAUGGCGGCGCCAGCCCUCAGUCCCCGCUCCAGCAUCAUCUCCACCCAGAACCAGUACAGCACCGUGGCCAAGCCCGCCGCACUCACAGGUACGUUAGACGUCAGGCUCAUGGGCUGUCAAGACCUGCUGGAGAACGUUCCGGGGCGUUCCAAAGCCGGUUCCGUGCCGCUGCCAGGCUGGAGCCCCAGCGAGACCCGCUCCUCCUUCAUGAGCCGGGGGAACAGGAGCAGGGGGGCCAGCGCUAGGAACCUCUCCAAGAGUGAAGACCUGUCCAAUGAGAUCAGCGCUGUGCUGAAACUAGACAACACAGUCGUGGGUCAGACAAGUUGGAGGCCUGCAAGCAAUCAGGCCUGGGACCAGAAGUUUACACUGGAGCUGGACAGGUCGCGUGAGCUGGAGAUCUCUGUGUACUGGCGAGACUGGCGUUCCCUCUGUGCCGUCAAGUUCCUGCGGUUGGAGGACUUCCUGGACAACCAGCGCCACGGGAUGUGCCUUUAUCUGGAGCCCCAGGGGACUCUUUUUGCUGAGGUCACGUUUUUCAACCCCGUCAUUGAGCGACGGCCGAAGCUGCAAAGACAAAAGAAGAUCUUCUCAAAGCAGCAAGGGAAAACCUUCCCGCGUGCCCCUCAGAUGAACAUCAACAUCGCCACGUGGGGCCGGCUGGUCAGGAGGGCCAUACCCACUGUUAGCACCAACUCCUUCAGCCCACAGGUCUCAGACACAGGGCCCAGCAGUCUGCCUGGCUCCCCUACACCCACCAGUGACCCACUGGUUACCAAGCUGGACUUUGACAAAGAGCCCACCCCAGGCCCAAAGCAUUACCCUGCACCCGAUGUCAACAGAGAACCAAUUGCACAGGACAAACUGCCCGGGAAAGAGGAAGUACAGGAUGCCCUGGCGUCAUUUGACUUCCUCAACAAGAGGAACAGCAUAGCGGUGAAGGCUGACCUGGAUGGAGGGGUUGAACAUGAGAUCCAGCCCCCAGACCUGGAGCUCACAGCCAUACAGAAAGACACCGAGAUAAGGGAAGAAGAGCCGUUUCAGUUCAGUCUCAAAGAUUUCAAGUGUGUGGCAGUCCUUGGGCGUGGUCAUUUUGGAAAGGUUUUGCUAGCGGAAUAUAAAGUCACAGGUGAAAUGUUUGCCAUCAAAGCCUUAAAGAAAGGUGACAUAGUGGCCCGGGAUGAGGUGGACAGCCUCAUGUGUGAGAAGAGGAUCUUUGAGACGGUGAACAGCGUCCGUCACCCGUUCCUGGUCAACCUGUUUGCGUGCUUCCAGACACCAGAGCAUGUGUGCUUUGUCAUGGAGUACGCUGCUGGGGGCGACCUGAUGAUGCACAUCCACGCCGACGUCUUCUCAGAGCCCAGAGCCAUAUUUUAUGCAGCUUGUGUUGUAUUGGGCCUACAGUUCCUGCACGACCAUAAGAUUGUUUACAGGGAUUUGAAGCUGGACAAUCUGCUCUUGGACACAGAGGGCUAUGUAAAGAUUGCUGACUUUGGCCUUUGCAAAGAGGGAAUGGGGUUCAGGGACCGCACCAGCACAUUCUGUGGCACACCAGAGUUCCUGGCCCCCGAGGUUCUCACCGAGACCUCUUACACCCGUGCUGUGGACUGGUGGGGGUUGGGUGUGCUCAUCUUCGAGAUGCUGGUUGGGGAGUCCCCCUUCCCUGGGGAUGAUGAAGAGGAGGUGUUUGACAGCAUCGUCAACGAUGAAGUGCGCUACCCAAGGUUCCUCUCCACAGAGGCCAUCUCCAUCAUGAGGAGGCUUUUGAGGAGGAGUCCAGAGCGCCGCCUGGGGGCAGGAGAGAGGGAUGCAGAAGAAGUGAAGAAACAUCUCUUCUUCAGGAAUAUGGAUUGGAAUGGACUGCUGGCCAAGAAGGUGAAGCCUCCGUUUGUGCCAACCAUCCAGGGGGCUAACGAUGUCAGCAACUUUGACGAUGAAUUUACCUCAGAGGCACCCAUCCUGACCCCUCCUAGAGAACCACGAGCGCUGAAUGAGGAUGAGCAGGACAUGUUCUCUGACUUUGACUACAUUGCUGACUGGUGUUAGCCCCCCUCCUCCCCUCUAAUGCAUCAAAGCGCACCUCCCCCAACACACACACUGUGAACCAACACAGCGCUGACUGUAGCUCACGUUUUUAACACCUCUCCUCAUCUAGAACAUUGAGAGGGAACGAUGGAAAUCGCUCCUCCAGCCUAUGGGCGCACUCUACCAUUUAAAAGACAGCCUGCCCCAUGUAUUUUUUUAAACAAAAAUGAAGAACUUUUUUUUAUAGCAAAAAGAGAAACAAUUUUUCGUCAUAUUUUCUAUAUCCUGAGUGAACGAGGGGUGGAGAGUGAGUCUCCCUCUGCACACACCGUGUCCAUUGUCUGACCACUGAGAAUGUUUUCAUACAAACUGUCAAGGAAACCGUUACAUCAUGAUCAUGUUAUUCAUAGUCACUGUCUGUUUGUUUUUUUUAUCUGUACAGAUUAUACUCCUCCAUAUUGUAAUGAGUAAUUUGCAAUGCUCUGCCAUAGCUAGUGGAAUUUUAUCUCGCUGUAAGGGUGACAUGUCUGCCAUGUAUUAGUCACUCAGACUUGAGUGCUCACAGCAUUAUCACUGAACUGACACUACAGUUAUAAGACAGUAAACGUAUUGACUACUACUGCUUCUUGACUUGAAACCCAUAGAUUUCACUUUUUUUCCCCUCAAAGAUAUUAAUUGUAAGAAGAAACGACUACAGUCCAUCCAGUGUUACAAGCUACUUAGAUUUUACAACAACACUAUACUUAGUCUUCUGUUGUAGUAAGAAUAUCUUGUGCUUUUCCUUUUUACCUGAAAAUCAGUUGAACUCUUUUCAAGCAGGAUAGUAAUGCUGUACCUCCCUGUCCUGGAAAGGCACUGUUUCUUUACACAUGGCAUCUACAAUUAAGGAAUUAAAUAACACUGUGCUAUUAAUAUUGAUAAUUGUAGACAGUUCCAUCAUACAAGAAGUCAUGGACACAAUCAUGGACAUUAACAAUCAGCUUUUGGUAUGGUGCUUCAUUUUUUAUGUUGGGUGAAUCUCCAAAGUCUGACUGUGUCUCCUUCAACUCAGUAUCUGUUCUAAGAAAGGGGCGAGGCUAUUGUGAGGAAGUACACUUUUGAGAUUCAACCUAGGUCUUAACUCUUGCAGGCCCUCUGGUGGCUGUCUUGCACGAGAAGACCAUAUCCUCCAACCCCAAACCCUUGGUGCAGUGCUGCAUACCAUGUACAGGGUGUAGGUGUACCUCUUGCGUGGGUGAUCCUCCUUUCUCUGGUAUUUCUAACAGGGUUAAGUCUCUUGAACUCGGAUCCAUUCAUCCUAGAUGACUAAGACUGUAGUUCAGAAACGGACUCCACCCCUGAUACCUCAGUUGGUUGUUGGACUGUCAAAUAAAUAAGACUAAUCCUAAGUGUCUCAUUACAGCUUACUACCAAAACCCAUUCACCUGGUCCUGAACUGGGGAAACAGUGAAUUUGGAUUGACAAUGAACAGAUCUCAGUGCCAGUUUGUGCAUACAUGUUGACAUGAAUCACUACAGGGAAGGGCAGGGUAUAUAUGUAUAUGUAAACACAAUUGAGCUGAAAGCACUAAUUUUAUCAAGUUUUUAUUUUUAUCUAUGUAUAGCAUAAUUAUGAAAAUAGAAUGUACAAAGGUUUUGCUUAAAUGGCUGCUUGCGCAUGUUGCAAAGACAGACAAGCUUUUAAAUGGUACACCAUAUUGAAGUUACAUAACUGUUGGCCUUGGUGUAAGAAAAGCAUUUGGCAGUCAUUGUUUGUUGCCUGUCAUGAAUGCACAAAUUAAACAUUUGUAAUAGA